CGCUUCUGCGCACAAGGAGCGGAGCCUCCUGCCUUCACCUGUAACAAUUUUUUUUGUUGCAUCCAAGUUCAGGUUCCAGAGUAAGGAGACAGCGGGCAUAGCUGCAAGAACAUUCUUCAACAAGAAGCACAGCGACUUUCAUUCGUCCCCACAGUGAUACACCAGAACUUUGAUUCGUAGCAAGUCGGCAAAAACCGAACGAAAUGACUAGUGAAUUGCAAAACUGAGUGGCGAAGAGAUUUCUUUCAAUCUUUAGGGCCCCUCCAAGUCCAGUAUUUCUGAGGACGUAAUCUGUCCAGUUUUAACUUGCUUAAAUCUUCAAUAACGAAUACAGUACCCGAAUACUUUCAGCCGAAGCAGAAAUUCCUUUAAAAAAAUCCAAGUGCCCAGCAAAAACAAGAGCUGUGAAAGCAGGCGCAGUGCGUUCUAAGCGUCACAGGACGACAUGAGCGAAUAUUGGUUAAUUUCGGCCCCUGUUGACAAGUCGAACCAGCAAAUAUGGGAAAGAAUGAACACAGUAACUGAAAAAGCCAGUUUAUCAAAUAAUUAUAAAUUUCCUAUCCCUGAACUCAAGGUGGGGACGUUGGACUCUUUGGUUGGCCUCUCAGAUGAACUCGGAAAACUUGAUACGUUUGUUGAAGGCAUUGUAAAGAAGCUGGCACAAUACACAGCGGAUAUCAUGGAAGAUUCGAAGGAUAAAGCUCAAGAGAACCUAUUAGCUAAUGGAGUUGACCUUAAUCGAUACGUGACGCAUUUUCAGUGGGACAUGGCUAAAUAUCCUAUAAAACAGUCACUACAAAAUCUGACAGAAGUUAUUGCUAAGCAAAUCUCACAGAUUGACACUGAUUUAAAGUCUCGUGCAAUGACCUAUAACAACACCAAGGGAAAUCUCCAAAAUCUGGAAAGAAAAGCAGUGGGUAGCCUUUUGACCCGUACCUUAGCAGACAUUGUAAAUAAGGAAGAUUUUGUGUUAGAUUCAGAAUAUCUCACCACUCUUCUGGCUUUUGUCCCAAAAUCCAAUUACAUUAACUGGCAAAAGACGUACGAGUCUCUCUCUGACAUGGUGGUUCCUCGAUCAACCAAAAUGAUCAUAGAAGAUACAGAGGGAGCUCUCUUUACAGUAACUCUCUUUAAGAAAACCGUGGAUGAAUUCAAAAUCAGGGCCAGAGAAAACAAGUUUAUAGUCCGCGAAUUUAACUACAGUGAAGAGGAGUUGCAUGCUGAGAAGGAAGAAAUGACAAGAUUAAGCGCAGACAAGAAGCAACAGUAUGGUCCUUUGCUGCGUUGGCUAAAGGUUAAUUUUAGCGAAGCAUAUAUUGCCUGGAUUCACAUAAAAGCUUUAAGAGUUUUUGUUGAAUCUGUCCUUAGAUAUGGGCUUCCUGUUAAUUUCCAGGCCAUGCUUCUGCAACCAAAUAAAAAAACCAUGAAGCGACUACGAGAUGUACUAAAUGCACUUUUUAAACACCUAGAUGAAGUUGCUGCAGCUAGCACCAUUGAUGUCACCAUGGACAUCCCUGGACUGAAUGUCAGCCAACAAGAUUACUAUGCUUAUGUCUACUUCAAGAUUGACAUUGAUUUAUUUAAAUUUAAGUAAAUCUUUGACCAAAAUAAGAAAGAAUGGGUGCCUCUUGAAUUUCCUUAUAGGAUGGGUUUUAAAAACGAAGUACAAAAAAUCUCAUGCACAUGCAAAAACAUGUACACAUGGAAGUGUGUCGCUUGGUAAUUAUUAAAAAUCUUUACCUUAAUUCAAAUCAGAUUUUAAAAUGUAAUGAUUGUUGAGGCUUGUCUUUUACACAUUUUAAAUGAAAAACUCAGUAUGCCUGUCUUAUUAGCAAAUAUUGAUUACAAAUAAAACAUACCUUUGUGAGUAUA